UUAACGGCAUUUUACAUGAUGUUUCCCCAAUUUUUUGUAUUUUCUAAAUCUUUGCUAAUUCUACCGGAAAUAUAUACUUUCUGACUCCACCCAUUUCCGAAUGUUUUGGUUCAGUUUGAAAAUAUACCCACCAAAGAAAGGCGCAGAGGGAAAUUUAAAAUCAUGGAGAAACGGGCGAAUUAGAUUCUGCUAAAAAUCUGAAAAAGCUAAUUCUUGCAGUAUCAAGUUUGAAUCUUACCAUUGACAAUGAGGAGGAAGAUUCGGAGAUCCGAGCAGGAAUACUCAAUAGACUGUUGUGCUCUUUGUAAACUCAGUGAGAAUUGUCCGGACAAAUAUGGCGAGAAGAUCACACUUAAGUCACAUGAACUUACCGUUCACUACUUUUGCUUGCUGAUGUCUAGUGGGGUGUAUCAGCGUGGAGAGGAAAAUGAAGGCAUCUAUGGCUUCUUGGUGGAUGAUAUUAAACAGGAAAUCCGAAGAUCCUCCAGACUAAAAUGUGUGGUCUGCAAGAAGAAUGGUGCCUCAGUUGGGUGCUACGUCAAAAGCUGCCAGAAGAAGGUCCACUUUCCUUGCGGCAAACAACACCAGUUUAUCUUUCAAUUCACAGACUUAUUUCCGUCCUACUGCAAGAAUCACAGCCCCACCCAGUCCUUACCGCCGUCCUCCUGUGUGACUGAGCCCCUCUCCUGCUCAGUAUGUCUGGACCCCAUAGAGCCUGUCCUGUCCUACUAUGUACUCAAGUGUCCUGCCUGCAAUGGCAGCUGGUUUCACAGAGACUGUGUACAGAACCAGGCUCACAGUGCUGCCAUGUUCUUCUUCAAAUGUACACUGUGCAACAACAAGGACAUGUUCCAGCACGAGAUGCUUCGGAUGGGAAUCUAUAUUCCAGAGAGAGAUGCAGCCUGGGAGCUGGAAGACAAUGCCUAUGGAGAGUUACUGCAGGUCUACCAGCACUGUGACGCCAACAAAUGUCUCGCCCACCGGGGUCGUGAAUACUCCUCACACACUGGACUAUUUCAGAUAUUACGCUGCAUGCUCUGCGGCUCAAGGGGUACCCAUCGAAAGUGUGCUUCCAUCAAAGUGUUUGAGACGAACUGGGCGUGUGAGGACUGUGCGGCGGCGGUAGACGGGACAGCUUCGCUACCCAGGCACAACACUUCUCCACCGGCUGGAGACAGGAGAAGAAACGUGUGUCCUAAAAGAAGUCUCAACAUGACUCCUCGCCAGUCACCCAUAGUCUGUAAAAGGCCCUCAUUGUCAGGACGCUCUUCUAGAGAGAUCCUACAGGAGCUUAAUGGUCAGCUGUCAAAGCACUCGCCAUCCAUGUCAGUGGUGGUGAAUGGAAACAAAGUCCUGGAGUCGGCCGUGGAACUAGUGAAGAAGAGUGACUUCAACCCGUCACACGCACUGACGGUGAGAUUCUCCAGCAGCAGACACACCCCCAACCACGCUACCGGCCCUGGCAACACCCGCCGUUUCCUCAGGCUCCUGGUGCAGCAGCUGCAGAACACCAUCUUUGACGGACCGGAUGGUGACAAAAACUUGAUCUUGGAUGCACGAGCUCUGAGGGAGGAUGUCUACUUUGAUGUGGGUUGUCUGCUGUCUUUAAGUCUGGUCCACGGGGGACCUCCUCUGGGAUUCUUCUCCAGGACUCUCUACCAGUGUCUGUUCAACUUCCCCAGGGAUAACCCACUCACUGUGGACGACAUUGGCAACACUGUGUUUAAAAACAAAGUCAAGAAGAUUCAGCAAUCCAAAUCCUUGGAGGAGUUGAGAGAGGCAAUGCAGUUUGCCUCAGAAUACCUAGAAGUGACAGGGUGCAUGAGACCAGUUGAAAAGCUUUCAGACAAAGACACACUGGUUGAAGAUAUUGUGAGCUUCCACGUAAUCACAAGAAUGCAUUUUCCCUUCCAAAGGUUCCGUGACGGUCUGAAAACCCUUGGUGUGCUUGACCAGGUCCUGAUGUUUCCAGGGGCCUUCGUUGAUUUGUUUUGUUCAUCUCCUGACAAGUUGACUGCUGAGAACCUGGCAGCCCUUUUCACUGUUCAGUUCUCAGACCAGGAAGAGACCGCAGCGAAGGAGAGUGCCGUGGUUACCUUCUGGAGACAUUAUCUACUGGAGUGUGAAGUUGGCAAGUGUGCAACAUCGCUAGAGGACGUGCUCAUCUUUGCCACCUCCGCAGAUGUGGUGCCAGCUGUGGGCUUCAGUCCCAGUCCUACCAUAUCCUUCCUUCAUCCACUGGACCCUUCCAGUGCCUUCCCUGAGAGACAGCCCAGCUCUAACCACCUGCUUCUGCCUGUGGUGUCGUCCUACCAGGUUUUCAAGAAGCACAUGGAGUAUGCAGUGUGUCAGCUCACAGUCCUGCAGAGUAUUUAACCACAGACACAAAGACAGUGUUAAUCAACAUAAGCACGUUUUCAGGGACACGUUUAAUUUGGAUUCCUGGCUUUAGAAAGAAAUCUACUCCCCUUAGGUCUUUCAGGUCUGGGUAGGAUAUUUCCUUCAUGGCUUUUGUAUUACAAGCUUCAGCUGCUGAAGUUCAGGAAUAUGUUUUACACUAAUUGUUAAAAAGGUCAUGCUUUUAGCUUGGUUUGGUUAGCAAACCUUUAAAUGAAUGGCUUCCUCCAACCAAGGUUGUUACUUAGGAAGUGUAAAGCGUAGCAGGAGAAUACAAUACACUUGGAAUUGGCAUUACCAUCUAAACCACAAUUUGGUCAAAUGUGUAUCUUAAUGUCCAGUUGCAGAUUAUUUUUAUCUAGAAAAUCCUGUGUUAUGUGGCAUAGACAGGUCCUGUGGUCUAAGCUGCUGCCUCUGUACUGCUGCAGCAUGGGUUUGAAUCUAGGUCACUGCUUUUUUAGUAAAAACUAUUUCCUCCAUCUUUUCCCCCUGUCUCUAUCAAACAAUAAAAAUGCACAGUAUAUUUAAAAUAAAUGCUCUGUCAUUAAAAGAGAAAUGUCAAUAACAUGUCAUAAUAACACUCAUCUGUCUCCAAAGAGGCGUUUUAAAGACACAAAAUGGUCAUUGUUAGAAUGUAUCUCUUUUAACAAUGGAGCAUUUACUUUGCUUGUUAGAAAUAUCCUGCUAUUAGGUACUAAACAUUUUUUAAAUGGUAAUUUCUUUACUUUAAUGGUAAUAUAUUGGGUGUGCAAAUGUUUUGUUGCUUCAUUUCAGAUUCUGGUUGUUUUAUUUUACGUUGUACAUACUGAAGGUGUCUGUAUGUACUUUAUGGGCUUUUACAAAUUAUCGGGUUUGUUAUUUCUCUAGCUUUUUAUGUAGUGUCACUGUUAUCUUGCCUUGUCUUUUAUGUGUUUUUAUGUGCUUAUUUUAUUGUUUUAGUAUCUUCAUUCUCAAGCAUUUUUAAUAAGAAAAAUUAAAUGUUUGCAUAUACUGUCUUAAAUGUGUUUUUCCCACACAGUAUUGCGAAUACAUUAGAUAUUGACUGUGUAUAUCUGUGUACUCUGCUGACCCUAGUGAGGUUCUGGUGAACUGUUUUAUUAUUUGAGUAAUUUAGCAGAUGCUUUUAUCCAGAGUGACUUCAUAGUAGUGAAUGCAGAAAUUCCUUUUAUAUUGGCUACCCAUGGGAACUGA